CGUGCGCUCCCUCCCUCCCACCUCCUGCUCGGGCUCCGGCUCCCGCUCCAUUGUCUGGGAUCGGCAGCCGCGGGCGUGCGGCCGGGCGGGCGGGCGGCGGCCAGCACCCAGCCGGCCGGAUCGGGCCGGCGCCGAGCGGGCGCGGGAGAUGUCGGACGGCCCGCGACCACCUGAGCCGCCCGCCUAGUCCCCGCCUUCCGUGGGAAGGAUGUGCACCCGGAUGGAGGGGCGCGCGGCCGCGGUUCCCCGGGCGCCCUGCGGCCCCUGGCUCUGCCUCUGGGUGGCCCUCGCCCUGCCCGUCGUGAGAGUGGGCUGUGAGCAGCAGCCCCUGGACCCCGUCUACCUGCCGGCAUCCCUGGAGCUCCUGGAUGCCCCUGAGCACUUCCGCGUGCAGCAGAUGGGCCGCUACCCACCUGCCAACUCCUCUCUGGGCUCCCGAUCCGAGACCUUUCUGCUCCUGCAGCCCUGGCCCAGGGCCCAGCCACUUCUCCGGGCCUCCUACCCACCUUUUGCCACCCAGCAGGUUGUCCCUCCUCGGGUCACUGAGCCCCACCAAAGGCCGGUCCCCUGGGACGUGCGGGCUGUGUCAGUGGAAGCGGCUGUGACUCCAGCAGAGCCCCACGCCCGAGUCCUCUUCCACCUCAAAGGGCAGGACUGGCCGCCGGGACCUGGCAGCCUGCCUUGUGCCCGGCUCCACGCCACACACCCCGCAGGCACUGCUCACCGAGCCUGCCGCUUCCAGCCAUCCCUGGGCGCCUGCGUGGUGGAGCUGGAGUUCCCCUCCCACUGGUUCUCCCAGGACGCCCCCACGCGGGCGGAGCUGGCCUACACCCUGGAGCCCGCCGCCAAGGGCCCUGGCGGCUGUGGCCCCGGAGGGGAGGAGGACCCUGGGGAACAGGCCCUCCCGGUGGGCAGUGUGGAGCUGCGCCCUGCGGACCCCCCACAGUACCAGGAGGUGCCCUUGGAUGAGGCAGUGACCCUGCGGGUGCCCGAUGUGCCCGUGCGCCCCGGCCAGCUCUUCAGUGCCACCCUCCUGCUUCGCCACAACUUCACAGCCAGUGUCCUGACCCUGCGGAUCAAGGUGAAGAAGGGGCUGCACGUGACAGCUGCCCGCCCAGCCCAGCCCGCCCUCUGGACUGCCAAGCUCGACCGCUUCAAGGGCUCCAAACACCACACCGCUCUCAUCACCUGCCACCGCGCUGGGCCCGCUGGGCCAGACUCCAGCAGCCCCCUCGAACUCUCGGAGUUCCUGUGGGUGGACUUUUUGGUGGACAACGGCACUAGCGGGGGUGUGGCAGUCACUCGCCCCGUCACAUGGCAGCUGGAGUACCCAGGCCAGGCCCCCGAAGCAGAGAAGGACAAAAUGGUGUGGGAGGUCCUGGUGUCAGAGCGGGACAUACGAGCCCUCGUCCCACUGGCCAAGGCUGAGGAGCUGGUGAACACGGCGCCACUGACCGGAGUGCCGCGGCGAGUCCCCGUGCGCCUGGUCACCGUGGACAGUGGCGGGGCCCUGGUGGAGGUGACAGAGCACGUUGGCUGCGAGUCGGCCAAUGCGCAGGUCCUGCAGGUGGCCGAGGCCUGUGACGCCGUGUUUGUGUCUGGCAAGGAGAGCCAGGGCGCUCGAGGCGUGCGGGUAGACUUCUGGUGGCGCCAGCUGCGGGCCUCGCUGCGGCUGACUGUGUGGGCCCCGCUGCUGCCCCUGCGCAUCGAGCUGACCGACACCACCCUGGAGCAGGUCCGAGGCUGGAGGGUACCCGGCCCGGCUGAAGGGGCACAGGAGCCCCAGGCAGUGGCUGCCGGGGAGGAGGCAGAGCCGCGAGCCCGGGGCUGCCGCCUGCAGUACCAGCGUGCUGGCGUGCGCUUCCUCGUCCCCUUUGCGGCCCACCCGCUGGACGGCGGCCGCCGCCUCACCCACCUGCUCGGCCCUGACUGGCUGCUGGACGUGUCCCACCUCGUGGUGCCACACGCCCGCGUGCAGGACCCCCGCAUAGCCUCGCUGGAGGACGGCCGUGUCCUGGUGGGCCGGGAGCCCGGGGUCACCUCCAUCGAGGUGCGUUCCCCACUGUCUGACUCCAUCCUGGGGGAGCAGGCGCUGGCCGUGACGGACGACAAGGUCUCGGUGCUGGAGCUUCGGGUGCAGCCAGUGACGGGCAUAUCACUGGCCCUGAGCCGGGGCACUGCCCACCCCGGGGAGGUCACAGCCACGUGCUGGGCACAGCCAGCCCUUCCUGCCCCAAAGCAGGAGGUGGCCCUCUCCCUGUGGCUGUCCUUUUCCGACCACACCCUGGCCCCCGCUGAGCUCUACGACCGCCGCGACCUGGGACUCUCUGUGUCUGCCGAGGAGCCCAGCGCCGUCCUGCCAGUGGAGGAGCGGGGUGCCCAGCUCAGGGUGGUGGUGAGUGGGGCAGGCACCGAGGGGCUGCCUCUGCAUGUGUCCCUGCACCCGCCGGAGCCCUGCCGACGGGGCCGCCACCGUGUGCCCCUGGCCUCGGGCACCAGCUGGCUCGGGCUGCCUCCUGCUCCCACCCCGGCCCCCGCUGUCCCCUCCGGCCAUGCCCGGGCUCUGCCAGCCACGGAGGCCAGUCUGGGAGGUGAAGGGCAGGCGGCAGGCAGCGUGGGGGACAGUGGGGGUGUGCGGGGCAAGUUUGAGCGGGCAGAAGCAGAGGCUGGGAAGGAGGAGGAGGAGGCAGAGGCCAGGGAGGAGGAUGGGGAAGAGGAGGAGAUGGUGCCUGCCCCCCGGCGGGUCACUGACCUACAGCUAGGCAUGUAUGCCCUGCUGGGCAUCUUCUGUCUGGCCAUCCUCAUCUUCCUGGUCAACGGUGUGGUCUUCGUGCUGCGCUACCAGCGCAAGGAGCCCCCCGACAGCGCCACUGACCCUGCCUCCCCCCAGCCCCACAACUGGGUCUGGCUGGGCACCGACCAGGAGGAACUGAGCCGCCAGCUGGACCGGCAGUCCCCUGGCCCACUCAAGGGGGAGAGGGGCUGCCCCUGUGAGAGCGGGGGAGGGGAGGCCCCGGCCCCGGCCCCGGCCCCGGCCCCUGCCGGGGCCACCAGCAGCUCCUCCAGCACCCUGGCCCGGAAGGAGGCCGGGGGGCGGCGGAAGCGCGUGGAGUUCGUGACGUUCGCGCCAGCCCCCCCAGACCAGCUGCCCGAGGAGCCCGUGGGGGCCCCUGCCGUGCAGUCCAUCCUGGUGGCAGGUGAGGAGGACAUCCGCUGGGUGUGUGAGGACAUGGGGCUGAAGGACCCUGAGGAGAUUCGCAGCUACAUGGAGCGGAUCCGGGGCAGCUCCUGACCCCUUCCCGCCCCGGCCUGCCGGGCCCAGGCUCGCCGGACUGGGCAGCCUCCUGCUCGUCCUCUGGUGCUUACUGACCCAAGCCCCCUGCCUGGCCCCUCACGAGGACUCCCACCCAGGCCCCCCUCUGCUCUGCUCCUUGUCAUGGACCGCGGUCGUGAGGAGAGGCUCACGCCCCUUAUUUAUGGGAACCCUUUUGUCCUAAUGUUGGGUACAAAAUACAUGGGGAAGGAAACCCCGGCGCGA